AUGGCUGGACGCGAUUGGUUGCAUGCAUUUAUGACCAGACAUAACAUUUCUAUUAGGAAAGCUGAGGCGACCAGCAUAAACAGAAUAACAGCUUUUAAUAAAACCGAAAUAAGUCUGUUCUUCGAGCUACUUGGCCAGCUGAUGGAAAAACAUAGAUUUGUUCCAAAAAAUAUUUAUAAUAGCGACAAAACGGGUAUUUCAACAGUUCAAACUCCUGGAAAAAUUCUGGCUACCAAAGGACAGAAGAGAGUGGGAUCGAUAACCAGUUUGGAAAGAGGAAAAAACAUCACUUUGAUGUGUGCUAUGAGCGCUGCUGGCAGUUACAUUCCACCGAUGUUCAUUUUCCACAGAAAAAGGUUGACUCCUCUGCUCGAGGAGGAUGGUCCAGCAGAAGCGCUUUACAAAUGCUCGGACAACGGUUGGAUUAAUGAGAAUCUCUUUCUUGAAUGGUUGGUGCAUUUUAAACAGCACGCUAAGCCGUCUGCAGAUGAACCCAUCCUUUUAAUACUAGACAACCAUGCUAAAUGGUAUUUAAAAAUGAAAACAAGUCUUGAAUCUGCUUGA